UAUCAGAUCUUUAUACUAUGAAUGUUUUGAUAAGUACAUAGUUCUUAAUCGUAAAAAUAACAUACUCAUUGUUUUAGUGAUAACCCUAUAUUACAUAAUGAUAUGAAUUACGGAAUUUCGUUUUUGUUUAAAAUUUUGAAAUAAGCGGUGUUGUGGCGUCAGAAGUUUCUAUGGUAACCACUUUUAAGUGAGAAUUCUGCCAUCUGUAUGUGAAAGUAGGAAAGUCUGCCCACGUGAUCAGUGCAAAUGCUGUAGUUGUGUGGUGUGUGUGUUGAUGUGUGCGUGCAAGCGAAUACGGAGCCACAUGUGACAAAUAUUGAUACUUUCGGAUUACACAGAUAAUACCUCUCCAGUACAAGAAUCCUGUCAUGGAAACUGGAAUCCUCAACAUACAUGAUGAUGAACACUUCUCCAACAUCUCAUCACCACUUUAUGAUCAGGGCAUACUGGAAGAUUCGGAGGGACUUUUGUUGGAUAUGUUACAUAGUGAGUUUCCAUCAUACGAGAUUGCUGUUAGCAGAAACUUUGAUGCUCCUGACCUCUGGGGCACAGAACAGGAGUUGAAUGGUGAUUUGGCUGUGCUGCCACUUGCUGUGCCCUUGGAUGGGAGUUUCACCAGUCUGGAGCCCCACGCCAAGGAGGACUUCCAGAAAAUGCUGACUGAAUGGCAGGAGCACCUUGGUUCGUUACAGUCGUCAGAUGCUGAUGAUAUGGAUGUGAAGGAUAUUGCGGAGAUUGACAUGGUGCUGCCCAACCAUGUUUCUGAGCAUCUGCCUGACGACAUUUUUGAGGAUGACACAAAACCCUCGGUUUCAACAGGGAAGCAGAUCCCCCUGUUGAAGUUGGAACAGAAAUCAUCACCAUUAAGUAUCACAAUGAAGGAUGACUUUAACAAGCUCAGUUUGGACAAUUUCAUGAAAUGUGAGGAAGAUAUUGAUUUGGGCUUUGCUGUGAUUAAGGAUGAAGCCAUUGACAUGUUGGAUUCUGCUACAGAGGGUGUGAUAAUUGAUACGAAAGUGGACUUAGAUGACGACUGUGUUGAUGUGGAAACAGUUUCAGAGCAGAUCCCUGUUCUUGAAGCUAGAGAUUUAGCAAGCCUCCUGGAACAGUUUGAGGCAACAGAAGUGAUCAACACAAGCAGCAACAGCAAACCUUCUGUUCUUGACAACCACUUGUAUGCAUUGGCAACACAGCAGUUAACACCAUCCAUGUCAGAAAGCCAACAUACAGCAGCAACUCCAUCUUCAGCACCUACAAAGGGAAAUACCUCCAUCCUUUCCCAUCAGAGUAUUAAAGAUUCGCUUCCCAGAGAGGUCAUUGAUAGGAUAAAGGCAUCUGGCCGAAAGAAAGCGAUACCAGUAAUUCCAGCCAUGCCUAGCAGGCGGCCAGGCAGAGGGGGCACACGCAUGCAGGAUGCUGGUGCAGCCCUUAGCAGAAACAAGCUCUUAAAGAUUGUGUCUGGUGGCGGAGGUGGGGAGUCGGUUCAAUUGGACCACGACUAUUGUACCGUAUCAACAAACAACGUGGAGGUUGCACCACCACCUCGUUCCUUUUACCACUCAGAUGCUUCUGAAUAUAUUGCAGAUAAACUUAACAACCACCAUGGUAGUGAUGAAGACAAAACUAUAAGUAAUGGAAAAUGUCACGAUGAAGAAAAAGUGUAUUCUCGUCUGCCAGAAUAUUAUAUGGUACUAGCACCUCAGAGAAUAGAUAGAAAUGAUAUGAAGGGUAGAAAAGUAGCUGUUAGGGAUGAUGAAUUUUGGGGGGAAAGUAACUCUAAAAAGGACAGCGGACUAGAGUCAGGGGAGGUUAGUGAUGCUAGUGAAGAGGUUAUAGCCUCACCUAGUGAUACAGUUCAGCAUUCUGAUACUAAAUGUUCACCCAGAGACCAGACUGGAAAGCAGCCGAAUGCCCUCCACAGUGUACCUCCCAAGACUUCUCUUGUACCUUCAAGUGGAAAAAGCUGUAGUAAUAUACUCUCUGUUAAUGGGAAGGCUUAUCAUAUAGCUUCAGGUAGUGUUAGUAGCAGUAAACUUUCAACAGAAACUAUAGUUAUGAAGCCUGGUAAAGAAAUGCCCAUGAUUUCAGUGUUAAAGAAAUGUCAGAUAGGCAGUGUGCCAAAUGCUUCUGGCAAAAGUUUUCUGGCUCAUUCAAACAGUGUGAGCUGUGAAAGUCCAGCAACCAUCAAGGAAGAACAGCAAGGACCAAAGAAACGGAAACUGAAUCUGGAGGAGUACCGUAGCCGCCUCAGAGAACUGGAUCGAAUACGGGGGAGUAGGGAAAACAGUUGUGCCAGUUCCCCAGUCCAUUCUCCAUCAUGCUCAACCUCCAUUAGUGUGGGCACAAGCAUGUUGGAGGAUGUGAAAUCAGAUUCAAAAGACAAUCCCAGCAUUGCAUCCGAAGUGUCUAGCAAGCCAGACAUGUCUUCAGAAGAAAGUUUAUCAGUGGCAAAGGGUGUAGAGUCUGUUGCUUGUGAAACCACAUUGCGACCUGUAAUGCAUAAUGUGGAGGUGCAAACGAUACCUGACGAUGAAGUGCGUAUAGGGGGUGGUGCAGGGAAGCAUACCCAACAGGAGGAUGAGAAGGAAAGGAGAGAUGGUUGUACCAGAGAUAGGCGGAAGCGCCAUUACAGAUCACGGCGUGCAAGCAGCUCAUCUAGCAGUGGUUCAUCAUCAUCUGGCAAUUCCCAUACUUCAAGAAGGCGCCACAAAAGUUCACGCUCCAGGCACAGGCGUCGGCUCAGUUGGUGUCGCAGUUCUGCUGGUCAUUCCAAUGGCUCAUGUGGUUCUCGAAGUCGUGGUGUCUGGUCUCGCUCUCCAUCAUCAGGCUCUGUCAAAUCCUUUUGCUCAAGCAAUUCAGCACAUAGCAGGUCAAGAUCCCGAAGCAUUGGUGCCAAGUCAUGUCGCAGGAGUCCUUCUGGAACCAACAGGAAAUGGCACCAUUCAUCACAAUAUGAUCACCAUGGAAGACAUCACAGGAGGUCUGAUAGAAAUUAUGCAGGGUCUCGUGGGUGGAGGAGAUCCCGGUCUCCUCAGCAUUGCAACUGGAAGAACAUGAGUGGGGAUUGGCAAUUGAAUGAACGGGAAAAGCAGCGACAGGUGGAGGAGAGACGAGUGAUCUAUGUGGGUCGGAUAGAAGAAGGAACAUCGAAGGCAGAGUUGAGGAGGCGGUUUGAAAUGUUUGGCCCCAUCGUGGACAUCAGUGUUCACUUCAGGGAGCAUGGUGACAAUUAUGGAUUUGUCACUUUUGCAUAUAAAGUUGAUGCGUAUGAGGCUGUGGAGCAUGGAAAUGAUGACCCUAAUCAGCCACAUUAUGAUCUUUGCUUUGGUGGUCGACGGGCUUUCUGUAAGACUCGAUAUUCUGACCUAGAUGGAAUGGCAACUAAAAAUGAUCCUCUCUCCAACCCCAAUGGAUAUAUGCAAGGAAGACCAGUAGGCAUCAGUAGAAACAGAUCUCACAAUGAAAACUCUUUCGACUUGUUGCUGCGUGAAGCAAAAGCCAAGUUGUGCAAGCGCAAGGCUUGACACAGGUACAUAUGUAUAGGAGCUAUCACUGUUACUGUUUACAUUAUGCAGGUGGGAGAAAUCCCGGGUAAUUUAUUGUUGUAGCAAGUUGUUUUCAGCGCCGGUUCCUACUGUCAUAUGCUUCCCUGCUUGUGCCCAGUUAAUGCAAAAUCAAGACUAGAACAUGAAGAGAUAUUUGUGAAUGGCCGGAUUGAAUAAAUUAUAACCUUACACUGCCAUAGAAUUGUGUUAAUGAUGGUGGUCUUUACGGAAACUGAACCGUGGUUAUAAGAUCUUGUGGUGUAUGGAAAUCUGUGAAGACCUCACCUUCAAGAGAAUGCUGGAACCAUGCAAUGUUGUGUGGCUCAUGUUACAGUCUUCCACCCAUUUCCUGACUCCUGUGUGGCCAAGUAGUUGGUCCGUUCUGAUAUUCUUUGUAUCUUUACUUAAGAAAUUUUUGUCAUGCUGUGUCAAGUUACGUAUUUACUGACACUGUAGUCCGGGGCAUUUUGAUUUUGAUACGUACCAAAAUAAGUUAUGGUAUAUUAUUUAUUUUACAAUUCACAACACAGCUAAAACAUUAUGACAUGUCUUAUGAUGCUGAUAAAUAUUGUUUGUUGAUAUAUCUGUAGUAUAUUCUUUAUUUGUUCCAACAUAUGGUUCUAUGCAUGAAUAUAAUACCUAAAAAGGAGAAAUAUAAGGCUGUGCUCUAUUACUAGUUGUUUGUAAUGAUUAGUGUAAUAUUGUGUGAUUUACAGGUUCAGUUAGAAAAAUGAUCUUAGUAACAUCCAAAUUUGAAAUAUUUACAUUUCUGCAUUGAAUGAUUUGCUGCUUAUGACUUGUAAUCUUCUGUCAAUCUGAAAAAGAAAAAUAAAUAAAAUAAUUGAAAUUGAGGAAAUGUUAGCACCGCAAAUAAUGGUUUCGAUUUGUUGAAAUCGAAUGUUAAACGAGGGAAAAUCUUAACUUGAAGAACAUUAAAUGUGGUCCAGUGUGGAUAAAAUUAGUUGUGUUCUGGUUUGGAAUGGUACUUCUGUGACACUACUGACUCAAGUUUUAAGUUCGAAAACUUCAAAGUCCACUACCCUAUUUCUCAUUCUCAGACUUGUAUGUGUAUUUAUUGUGUUAUAACGUUAAAAUAUUUAAAGAGAAAUUUUAUUAAAGAAAACUUAAAAAUAUCAUAAAUAUAAAAUGUAUGCUGGAUUUUAGAAGGUCUUGAACAGGGUUGAUUUAUCUUGUUGGCACAUUAUUAUAAUAGAGUUGCCUCAUAUACUGUGAUUUAAAGAUGUCUUUUCUGCGUUUUACUUCAUGCCCCCUAUUUGAGUGCUUUCAUGCCUUAUGUAACGGAACAUUGCCCAUUACCUUGAAUUUCCUAAAUCAUCUUUAAUUCUGCAGGAGAGCAUGUUCUGACAAGUAUUUUAUCUCUAACUCCAUGGAGCACAGUUAUCCUUCAGAUGCUAAUUGUCACUGCUGAUCAUGAAAUAACUGGUCUUGUAACCCAUAAAGGGCUGCAUGCUUCUGUAGAAACACGCCCAUUUUCACAUGUUUGGUGCUACACACCGCCAGAGAACAUGUAGUCCACAUAAUGUUAGCAAGAAUAUGUAAGUCAUGAGCCAAUGAUCCUUAUUGCCCUAAUGCAUGGACUGGGAAAUAUUAUUCUGUAAAUUUGAUAUUUUGAGGUGCAAUGAAAAUUCAUUCUGACUAGUCUUAGCUUCAGGCCUUUUAAUCUAGAUCCCUUAGUACUAAAUCACAAUUUGUGUGUAGUUUACAGGAACGUGGAUGGACCUGUUAGAUUCUGUUCUUUAUUCAUCUUACAUUAUUGCACCUAAUGUCUUUUUUUUAUGCUACUGCAAAUGAAUUAUAAUACUAUUCUUGAACUUGACAUAUGUUGAAAUGUUAUGGUGCUCAGUAAAGUAACAACUGGUAGGGAAGUUCCUUACCUGAACGAGUAGAAUGUUUUAUUUUGGUUUCUAAUUUGUUCUCCAGUUUCCCUUUAUAUAUGAAAGAAUGAAUUAUUUAAUUUUUAUUAGGUAAUUUAAAUGAGUCUAUGUAGUUGAGAAUGCUGUAUAAAUUCUACUUGGCAUUGGCACUGCUUGUAGUAUCCUGGAUUAAGGUUCAUAUGUGCAUUUUUAAUAUGAAGAAUACCUGGUUCUCUCUUUGGCUACAUGCUGUUUAAGAGGAACUUAUUAAAGAGAAAAAGAUGUGUUCUGGUGAAGAAAAGAUGCUUUAUGUUUACAUAAUGAAAUUCCCAUUUUUAUAUUUUUUCAUUAUGUUUUAUGCCCCCUGUUCCCUUUUCUGGCAUGUAAAGAAGGAACUUUUCUUUGUAACUUAAAAUUACCAAAAUAUGAUUACUACUGCAAUACAGAAUUACUGGACUUCUCUCAGAAAGUAAAGAAGUCAGCAUUGAAGUUCUUUUGGUAUACAGUAUUGAAUGUACUGUCCAUCUAAGCAGAGUAUUUGCUGGAUGUUGAAGUGCACAUGCAUGUUUUCUUGGUUGAAAGUUAAUUUUACAGAGGGGAUGUAAUGAAUGUAAAGUGUUGUCUUGCCAGUAAAAGGAUUGAAAGGGACUUGGAAGAAAUUUGCAUUUUGUAAUAACUUAUAAUCUUUUUUUCCAUCUGUCCUGCAACAAUAUCAAUUUAACAACAUUAAUUCACAAAAUGUUUAAAGUGUCAUUAAUGUUAUUGAAAUGUAUUAUCACGUGUUGGGUGGGUCACGCGGCAAAUAACUUCACGCCGUCUUGGAUGUAGCGAAUUUAUUGC